UCAUCUUCAUCUUCUUCUCCUCCUCCUUCUCCUUCUCCAGACGCGAGUCCUACCCCCUAAUGUUGCAGAGAAAUCGAUCGGAAUUUCUCUCCAAGUGACCGGCUUCUCGAUUGCGGGCGGAUUCGCCCGCUGCUGCGUCUUCCGAUUCCGGCGCCGUCGAUCUCCGGGAAGAAUUCGAAUUCCGGCUGCCGAUUUGAUGAAAUGCUCGGAGGACGCAAUGUCGGGCGCCGAAAGCUGAAAUCCAUACUUGCCCUACCUACCGACCUUUCUUUUGGAAGCAGAGGGUGGAGAAGAACUUGCUAGAAAAAGGAAAUAUUUGAAUUUUCUCAAAGUUCUUUUUCACUGCUUCAAGUAAUCAAAGAUUCUUUGCUUUCAUGUUUUGUCCUUUAUCUGGUGAGAUUUGCCACCUUAAAAGUGUAUACUCCAUCAAUAUGGCACUCUAGAACCUAAGACUCUGGCAGUUGGAAGAUGGCUUUGAAUUCAGAGGACGAACAAGCUGAAGAUUAUUUAUUCAAGGUAGUUUUAAUUGGCGAUUCAGCAGUUGGGAAGUCAAAUUUGCUUGCAAGAUUUGCCAGAGAUGAGUUUUACCCUAAUUCCAAGUCCACAAUCGGGGUGGAAUUCCAAACGCAAAAAUUAAAUAUCGAUGGCAAGGAGAUCAAGGCGCAAAUCUGGGAUACAGCAGGUCAGGAACGGUUCAGGGCCGUCACCUCUGCAUACUACAGAGGCGCAGUUGGAGCUCUGCUUGUGUACGAUAUUAGUAGGCGCCAGACAUUUGAUAGCGUUGGUAGAUGGCUUAAUGAACUUCACACUCAUUCCGAUAUGAACGUGAUAACAGUUCUGGUUGGCAACAAGUCAGAUCUAAAGGACGCAAGGGAGGUGAGCGCCGCCGAAGGCAAGACAUUGGCGGAGGCACAGGGCUUGUUCUUCAUGGAGACAUCGGCCCUUGAUUCUUCGAACGUGGCUGCUGCAUUCCAAACCAUGGUCAAAGAAAUAUAUGGUGUACUGAAACGGAAAGUGGUGGCGUCCCAAGAGCUAAACAAGCAAGGCCCGGUGUGGUUGGGGAACGGGAAGACUGUCGUCUUAGACGGAGAGGGCAAGACCCAAGAAGAGGCGGCCCCUCGAAAAGCUGGCUGUUGUGGGACAUGAAUAAACCAUCGCAAUAACAUGAGGUUCUGAAGUCUUGAUCGCAGCACAAUUAUUCACAUCCUGUUGGUGCCUGUUCUCAAGGCUUUGUUUGCAAGUCGAGCUCCUGGUAUUCCUUCUCCUCCAGGUGCCAAAUUCUUGACAGCAACAAGUUUAAUCAAAUUACUCCCUUUUUGUCUGAAUUCUUUUGUUGAAAUUGCCCUUGGAAUAGAGAAUGUAUAUGGCAUGAUUCUCUUUCGAGAAUCCAUACAUCUUGAUGACCGAAAAUAAUGUCUGUAAACUCCCUCUCCACCUUCUCUCUUGCCAAUCUAUUCUGGUGUAUAUCUUUAAA